GUUUAAAUUAUGGCGGCAGACGUAAACACAGAGUUAAAUAAUUCAUGGAAAAUGUAUUUUCCAAUAAUGAUAAAUUUCCUAAUGUCCAUUGGGACUUACUGUUUUACAGUCAGAGUGAUUCCAGGAAUAAAAGAUAAAUUUAUCAAAGCAAAUUUGUUUGGAAUUGAUAUGAGCAAAACAACCAGUGAUAAAGUGCCAGAAUCAUUAGGUGUAGUUACAGGAUGUGCAUUCCUUAUUACCAUGUUUUUAUUUAUACCUGUUCCCUUUGGAACCAGCUUGCUACAUGGAGAUUUCCCCCAUGAUGAGUUUGUGGAACUAAUAGCAGCACUCUUAUCAAUAUGCUGCAUGCUGCUACUGGGAUUUGCAGAUGAUGUAUUAGAUCUGAGAUGGAGACAUAAACUUCUACUGCCAACAAUAGCCUCUCUACCUCUACUAAUGGUUUAUUACGUGAAUUUUAAUUCCACAACGAUUGUAAUUCCUAAACCUUUCAGAGAUUUAUUGGGAUUUUCAGUAAAUAUAGGAAUUUUGUAUUAUAUCUACAUGGGAAUGCUAGCUGUGUUCUGUACAAAUGCAAUAAACAUUCUAGCCGGAGUUAAUGGCUUAGAAACUGGACAAAGUGUUGUUAUAGCACUGUCAAUUAUUAUAUUUAAUGUUAUCGAACUGUUUGGGCCUCUCCCAAAGCCACAUCAAUUUAGUCUCUAUUUCAUGCUGCCAUACACUGCUUCUACGCUUGCACUUUUAAAACAUAAUUGGUAUCCGUCGAAAGUCUUCGUAGGAGACACAUUCUGUUACUUCUCGGGAAUGACGUUCGCUGUCGUCGGCAUCUUAGGUCACUUCAGUAAAACGACGUUAUUAUUCUUUAUACCCCAGGUAUUUAAUUUCCUUUAUUCCUUUCCACAACUUUUCCGAAUUAUACCUUGUCCUAGACACAGAUUACCGAAAUUCAAUUCGAAAAUAGAUCGCAUGGAGAUUAGUACCACCGUAUUCAAAUACUCCGAUUUAAAUAUUUUAGGGAAAAUAGUUAUAACCAUAUUUCGGAUAUUUAAACUUAUAAAAUGGCAAGAGAAGGAUGGGAUUGUGGUAACAAAUAAUUUAACUCUCAUUAAUUUGGUUCUUUUGUACUGCGGGCCAUUGCAUGAGGCUAAGUUGGUGACAAUUUUAAUAUGUAUACAAAUUUUCUGCACGGGUGUUGCAUUUGUGAUAAGGUAUCCUUUGGCAUCUAUAUUUUACGAUAUAUAGAUAAUAUUGUGAUAAAACUUUGUUCAUAAUUUGAGAAUAAAGAAUAAAAUAAAUAUAAGAUAAUGAUUAAAUUACAUAAAAGUUCAGAAUAGAGAGUAGAAAUUUUACGUGAUUGCUUUGGUAUGAAUGACAACUCAUGAUGUUGUUUAAUUACACUUUGAAUAAUUAAAAUUUGAAAUCUGUUUCUGUUAAUAACAUAUUUAAUGACUUGUCUAUACACGGUGUCCCAACCAAAAGUUGUACCCCCUAAAACGCGGUAAAAUAAAUGUUUUAAUUUCAAUGAAAAUUUAUAAAAAUAUAAUUCUUGCAACUUUAUCCUUUUUGCUGGGAUUUGUCACAAUUCUUGUGUAUUUUUGGGUCCAGUGGCGUAAAUGGUUGAUUUCUGAUGACCAGAGAGUAUGGAGACCAAGGUGGCAUUUCAACCGCACGAUAAAACUUUCAUUCAAAACUUCUCGGACCUGAACAGCAAAAUGAGGCGAUGCACCAUUUUGCUGAAACAUUAUCUGAUUCUCUAAAAGGUUAUCGUCGUUUUCUAAAAUUUCUGUGGUCUGAGUCAUUCAAUAGUAUUUGCUAGUUAAUAAUGCCAGGUGAGCCGCUUCAUUCAGAUUUCCUUCAAUGAAAAGUCCAACGAUAUGGUCCCCCAAAAUUUAGGCCUAUACAUUGAUUUUUUGACAAGCAAAUUUGGAUUAUCGAUUCAGUUGUGUUGGUUAAAACGUUCGAAAAACUACAGGCGUCGAUCAGGAUCAUUUUUGUUCAACUCGUGAAUUUGUGCCAUUUUGUAUGGUCGGAAUUUAUGUGUUUCUAAAUACUAUGAUCAUUAGGGCGUCAAACACCAGAAGAUCCAGAUAUUUUUCUGAUAGACUAAGUGGGAUCCACAUGCACAUGACCCAACAUGUUUCGGGAUUACAUCAGUUUUGGUACAAUCAUUCUUACAAAUGUAAAUGAAAACUAUUCCAAUUCUUCCUUUUUUGGUAUAAAUCAUUUUGAUCGUAGGCGACUACAAUCUUAUAACUUUUGCGAAUAAGUUUAAUUUUACGUUCGUUCUGAUAAGCCAGAAAACAAAAAUAACAAUAUACAAAACCUUGUACCACCAGUGAUGACAUAUGGAUCGUAAACAUGGACCAACUCUAAGACAAAUGAAAAUCUUUUGCUCAUAUUUUAUCGAAUAAUAUACUUAGAGGAAUAUUCAGUGGCAUCUGUGAAAACGGUAUUUAGAGGAGAAGGUACAACUAUGAGAUAUACCACAAAUUUAAACAUAUCUGGUGGUAAAAACGUGAUAUCUCUCGUAAAAAUAGGAAGACUAAGAUGGGCAGAGCAUCUAGCAAUAUGACAGAAGAACAAUCCUUCUAUAUGAAUGCUUAUGACAGAGCCGGUGGGAAGUAGGCCACAACUUAGUUUGUGUUCCAGCCAUUAUACAUGUUUCGCCAUGUUGGUGUUUAUUGAACAUAUGUAUAACGCAGUUUGACUCAUAGUAUGCCUCCUGGAUGCGAACUGAAAAAGUUUGUCUCUUAAAUAGAGGAAUUCUAAAUUUUAGUGGUCGGUUGGUAUUCAGAGAUAGUGGUCUCUAUGUAUUGAAGGUAGACUGAGAAUAUUUAUAUUUUAAUAAUUAUUUAUAUAUCUAUUAAUUGAGUUGUCACGAAAUACCAAAAAGUAACAAUGUAUAAUUAGAAGUCGUUUAACGGUUCAGUUAGGGAAUCGGCACUAGACUGUUUAACAUUGUGCCUACUUAGAUCUUACAACUUUUCUUGUUCUUUAAAAAAAGCGUUGGCUAUAAACUGAAGUAAUACGUUGCAAAUUGAUAUUUUAGUAUAUGUAAAUAAUUUGGUAUCAAAUAAAGAGCAAAUAACAGGAACCCAAAACAAAAAUCAAACAGGAUUGCUUAAGGGCAGAGGUGGAUACAUUCUUCUUAUUUCUAUUUCUAUGCCGUCCCCAUCAACGGUUGUUGGUGACCAUAUUUCUAAAAACUUCUUUGUCCUUAACUUCUUUUCCGGUGCCUUAUCCGGUCCGGAUGUUGACGAUCAUCAAGGCUAUCAUGGUUUUGUUGACUGCUCUGCGAAACAGCUCCGCGGAGGUCAUCCCAAACCAUUGUUGGAGGUUUUUUAACCACGAGAUACGACGACGUCCAGGUCCUCUCCUGCCAAAUACUUCACCCUGCAUAACAAGUUGAAGAAUUCGAUAUUUUUCUUCGUUUCACAUCACGUGCCCGAGGUACUCAAGCUUACUUGUCAUUAGCAGCGUGCAAUAAUUCUUCUAUAUCCAUGUUUGCCCAGUACAGAAUAUUUCGCAGCCAUUAUUUUUUUCUCUGCCUAUUCCCUUUUCCCAUUUACUCGACCCUGCAUCAUGACCUGCAACAUAUUGUAUUUUUGCUUCUGCAGUAAGUGUCCAAGGUGUGCGAUCUUGCGUACUUUUAUUGUUAUUUUUUUUGUCUCGACCUAUCCUUCUCAGCACUUCCUCGUUCCUCGAUUCUGGCCGUCUAUGGAAUUCUGAGUAUUCUCUGAUACAUCCAAAGUUCAAAGACUUUGGUCUUUUUAACUACAUAUUUGCUUAGUUUCUAUGCCGUAUAGUAAUUGGGAGAGAGAAACCUAUCGUAUGAUGGUCGUCAACCUUCGGUAGAAGACGGCACUUAAGGAAGAAGAAGAUAGUAAUUGGGACCAGACUCAACAUUCAACAAACCACAAUCUCAGUGCAAUAUUCAGAUUCCCAUCAUUUAAUAAUAGCCUGAAUUAUAAGAAAGCUGCCCUGCAAAAUUCAUAAAAGCUGUACAAGGGCUUGGUCGAAUUGGAAGCAAAUGCCACAAUGCUCAAAAUUGACUAGCUUCAAUAUCUAGUUGUGAAAAUAUAGGAAAAUGUCUUGUUUAGUGAAUUAAUCGUUUGGUUAGUCAAAAUGGCCGUUAUUACAAUAUCUCUCUUAUAGUUAAAUUUGAUACAGUGAUUGGUAUGGCCAAAUUGAAAAUAUUUUUGGAAACCAAGAACUCGUAAUAAUGUUGGAUAGUGUGCAACUCAAGCACUUGCUAGUACGCUUAUGCAUGUCGAUUGACCAUGGCUCUUAUAAAGUAUGCAAUGGUAUGCUAGAGUGUAAUCGAUUACCAAUUUAGUAAAUAAAUUUCAGUUUAUGGUCAGUGCACUAAUUUUUGAUUAGUAUAAAUUAAUCACUAGGUACAAUAGGAAUCUACAGGGGUAUUACUUUUAUCUAUAACUAUUACUGAUAGAUAUUUACGUUACGCGCCAGCUAAGAAAAACUAGUAGAUUCAGAAUUACAAUUCUUCAUGUUUUGGUCUUAGAUCUUAUCAAUAUGUAUUCCUUUCACAUACUGCCUAAGUGUCUCUCACUAGGUCUUAUGUUUGGACAGUGAAUAUACUUCCUAGAUUUCCUUCUAAUAUUUCCAUUCCUAAUUUUAUCCUAUAUUGUCUUUCCAUAUAUCCAUUUAAUCAUUUUCAUUUCCACCACAUACCUUUUGUUGGUCUGAUGACAAUCUUUAGUUUCAUUUUUCUGCCGCACAACACACCCUUCACACGUAGAAAAGGAUACGUGGAUUGACUACCUAAAAAAGCUUUAUGCAGAGGAAGAACAAACGACACUAGAACCGGAAACACCAGAGAUUACCACAAGUGAAGAACUUAAUAAAAAUGUACAAGAAGUUCGGAAAAUACUUGAAAACUUGAAGAACAGAAAAGCAGCAGGUAAAGACAGGAUACCAAACGAGUUACUGAAAUAUUGUGGAGCAGCAAUGACAGCAACAAUUAACAACAUUAAUUAAUAGAAUUACAAAAAAAAAGGACAGAAAAACAGCCAGAAAACUACAGAGGUAUAAACUUGUUAAAUAUUACGCUAAAACUUACAACUAAAAUUUUAUAAGUGCUAAUAAAUUAGAGGAUAAGUUUAGCAGAUAAACAACAGGGUUUUCGUAGUGGAAGAUCGUGUACAGAUGCAAUAUUCAUUAUAAAGCAAAUUACUGAGAAAUCACUAGAGUAUAAUAGACCAGCAUUUCUGAGUCUAAUUGGCCUAAAGAAAGCGUUUAACAGAGUAAGACUCAAAGAUGUAAUCUUCUGUAUAACAGAGAAGCUCCCCUAAAUAUUAUAAAAACUAUCGAAAACAUUUACCAAAACAACAAAAUGGAAGUCAGAAUAGAUGGACAACUUACAGAACCUAUAGAAAUAGACAUCGAAAUAAGACAAGGGCAUUCAUUGAGCCCCAUGCGCUUCAAAAGUUGCAGUGACAACCUUCCAUAGAGGUAUUAAUCUGCCAAUGAACAAGCAGAAUUGAUUAUAAAGAGGAAGAAGAAGAACACACCCCUUAUUAGUUUCAUUUACAUUUCAUUCAACGCGGUUUAAUUCUACUGCAUGUUGUCCAUCUACAAUUGAUUGUGAAUACUGUUACUUUUUACAAUCAGUUCGCCAUCGACAGUUACCAUUUAAUUUGUAGCAGUAACUCCAUCUUUACUUUCCAUCAUUUAUAUACUACUUUCAAACCUUUUUCUCUAAAAGCUUGUCUACACUGUUCAAGUUUUUGCUCCAAAUCCCCUUUAGUAUUUUCCUCCUAACAAUAAAUCAUCAGCAUAUAUUAAGCACUGGCGAACCACUGCUUUUGUAGUUUCAGAUCCUUGAUGAACUGAGCACUGAUGCAAUCCUACUUUUACAUGAAAUUUAUCAGUCCCUCACACUUGUUCUAACACUUGUUACUCCCUUAUGCAUAUAUUCACAAUCUGUACUCAUCUGAGACUUCUUUCUUAUUGAGUACUUACCAUAUAACCUUUCAUAAACUUUAUCAUAAACUUUCUCAAGAUCCGUUAAUACCAUUAUGAGCGUUUUUUUUCUAUUUUCUAAUCAACUAUUUUCUAUCAACUACCAUAAAGAAAAUUGCAUCCGUUGUUGAUCUGCCUUACAUAAUUCGAAACUGAUCGCUCGGUUUCUUCACGUAUCCGUCUAUUAAUUACUCUCUAUCUUUCAUAUGUUCAUGAUGUGACUGUAGUAUACCCCUGUAGUUUAUGCAUUGUCGAAACUCUCAUUUGUGUUUGUAAACGUGAACACUGUUUACUGUUGUAUACUGCUCCUUAAUUCGUCCAGCAUUUGCUCCACUUCCAUAAUUCAAUGAAACAAACCUGAUAUUCAUUUAGUUCUCUCUUAAAGCUAUCCAUAGUUCGUCAGAUAUAUCAUCUUGUCCCACUGAUUUAUCCUUCUUUAUUUUUUGAAGAGUUAUUAUUUUUACUAUCUCUGUUAAUUCAAAUGUCAAAUUCCACCAAACUUUCUGUCAAAUCCUACGCUCUGUUUACGAGGUUGUCUUUUUAGUUUUAUAUAUAGCCGCUUAGAGAGCGCCACCAAUGAAACCUUCCGACAAAAAUGUAACCUUAAUCUUUUGUUGACGUAAAUCGACAGUUUCAUUGCGAUACAACAUCGUGUAGAUACAGUGAAUUUUUGAAAUUAGCAAGUCGGUCGAAAAGAUCUUAGCAGAGAACAUUUUCGAGCAAUAAUUUUUUACAAUUUUUGGAAAGGAUUAUACCAACAGCAAUGUCUCGCUGAAAUGGUUUCUUUUGUUUGGGAAUAAAUCAUCACAUCAGUCAACUGUCAACUAUUUCUCGCUGGUAUUGCGAAUUUCAAACGUGGUCACUUCAGUUUCAGCAACGAAUGUGCCAGGUCAGGCCCAUCUAGACAGCAGUUACCCAGCAAAACAGUGAUGCUUUGGGCAUUUCAAAGACCUUGAUCCAAAAGAUCCUACAUGAAGAACUGGGUGUUACGAAAUUGGUUUCCCGUUGGAUCCCUUAUUUUCCCACAGAAGAGCAAAAAGCGGUUCGUGCCAGUUGGUGUCGAAAACAUUAGAACGGUUCAACAAAGGAAGCUCAAAAAACGUUUAUAGUAUGUUAGUAGCGAUGUACCUAGGAUUUACUCACACGAAUCGGAAAAUAAACACCAAUCCACUCUGUGAGUGUUUCACGAUAAGGAAAAACCAACAAAAGUGAUCCAUUCUUCAAAAUCUGGUCAUGUGGCAACAAUUGCUUUGGAAGAUCGAAGAACGGUUACAUCUGAUUGGUAUAUAACCGUUUGUUUACCAGAGGUUAUCGCGAAUCUCAGACAAAGCCACACACAACGGCGAAUCAUUCUACAUCAUGACAAUGCAAGUGUUCACACGGCCCAAAAGACAAUACAGUUUUUGGAGCUUCAAAACAUCGAAUUGUUAAACAUCCAUCGUAUAUUCCCGACCUAAGUACCAACAACUUCUUUAAGUUACAAAAGAUCAAGAAUUAAUUGCGUGGGCAGCGAUUUCAAUCGUCAGAAGAACUCAUCGAUGCCUUUAAAACAGCGUUUUUGCAGGUGUCAACUGAAGACUGGAAUAACUGUUUUCCAAUUGCUUUGAACGUAUGCAAAAGUGUAUCUAUCUUGGUAGGACAUAUUUUGAAAAGCAAUAAAAGACAACCUUUGUAAUAAGCUGUCGAAAGCAUUUUUACAUCGUUUUUUGACAUCCUUUUGUUAUUAUUUCUUACCCCCAAAAAUAUUUUUUUCUUAUUUUUAAUCUUACCCUUACCACCGCCUUACUUAUUACUGACAUUAUGGUUUCAGAUAACUUACUCUUUUUUCCUGUCGAAAUUUGACAUUUUCAUUGACAUUAUAGAAUAUUUUCCUUUUUUUUUUUAACCAACAUUGCUGCUGUAUAAUUAUCAUUGAUUUAUGGAAAUUUACGGAAAUAAAAUUUUUGAUUGUUAAUUUUUAAUAUGAAUAAACAAAACUUUAGGGUUUUCUCAUGUAGAAAGGUCCUUAUUAGCCGAUGUUUAAUUUAGCACAGGCACAAUUCAAAAACUUGCCAGCACUGAUUAACGUAUAGGAUAUUCUGCAUCGUUUUAGCAGCAGUUAUAAACAUACAGAAUUAUUAAUAAGUAUGAUAGAGCUCAGAUACCAAGAAAGUUAUUUAUCAGAAUUGUAGGCAGAUGUAAGCCUUAUAUUUUAAAAUUGUUUACAAUAGGAAAAACCUAUUGUUACUCUAAGACAUGUCACAUUUGGCCUUCUAAGAAAGCUUUGUGAACUUUGAAAAAAACAAAAGUUUCAAUGUAACUAGCGAAGGAGAAACAAGGGAAAAUAAUGCCGAAAUUGAAGAAGAGUUAAAGAGAUAAAAGAUUAAUGACAAAUAAUACCUGUCUAUCAAAUUAUAAUUUUAUAUAAUUGAAAUAGAUAAGUGAGGCGGCUUUUAAAUUAGGGAUUUUUGGUUAAAAAAUAUGUAGUUUUAUCUGACACUGUAUUCUAAAAUUCUCAUUUUGUAACUAGAUAUGUUAAGCUUAUGUAAAACUGUGAAACUUGAAGAAUCCUACAAUUUUUGUAAGUAACUUAUUAAACUUGGUAAUUUUCGUAACUAAUUUUAAGGGAUAUAUGUCCUGAUCUUUAUCACGCUAAUAAAUUACUCUGUACAUUAAAUAAUGGAGUACUGCAUUAUCUAGUCGGUACGUCACGUUAUAUUACAAUUUUUUGUAACUAUAUUUUCUAAUUAUUUAUUUGUAUGCCUUAUUUAUAUGUAUUAUUUACUAAUAUCGGAUGCUAAUACUUUGUACUAUAUCCUAUUUUUUAAAAUUGUUACCAAAGAAAACACAAUCUUAUCGUAAAUUAGAUAAAAAAUUCUAAAGUAAUAACCUAAGUUCAUGCAUUAUAUGCCGUAGUGUUCUAAGUGUACAUAAUAGAAAAUAUUUUUAUAGUUGCUUAUAAUUGUGACAGAUUUUUAAAUAAUUGUUAAAAAUGUAAUAGAAAUAAACAAAUUAUUCCUUGUGUU